GGAUUCCAGGGAAGGAAUGCAGCACACACCGUCGGUAGCCGCUAUGCCGAGCCCACCCGCCACCAACCUCUGACGCCCCUUACACCUCGAUAAGCCGACUAUCGAUUACCGUCAGCCAUUGUAGCUACCUAUUGUUCCAUUAUACAAUCGUAACUUCCCUUUCCCAAACUUAACAACUUAUUUCAUCAUCCCAACUAUUCGUUAGCGUAUCCCAAUCCACGGCAAGUAUGAAGGCAUUCCGAGCCCUAAACCGGCCAACACGGCUCCCCACAAAACCCCCAACCCCACGUCCCUCCUCCUCCCUGCCAAUCUCACCCAUAUCCGCCUUCCAAACCCGAACCUUCGCAUCCUCCAAACACCCCAAGGACUUCACACCCCCCAGCACCGCCGACCUCUCCGAGCUGCGCGAGCGCGUGCAGGAUUUCACGCGUCGGGAGAUCACGCCCGAAGUCGCUGCGCACACUGACCGGAGCAACGCGUUCCCGGCGUCGAUGUGGCCGAAAUUAGGGUCCGCGGGGUUCCUGGGCAUGACGGCGGAUGAGGAGGUAGGGGGGCUUGGGCUGGGGUACCAGGCGCACUGUGUAGUGAUGGAGGAGCUAUCACGGGCAAGUGGUAGCAUCGCGCUGAGCUACGCGGCACAUAGUCAGCUAUGCGUGAACCAGCUGCAACUCAACGGGUCAGCGGAGCAAAAAGCGAAGUAUUUACCUGAGCUUAUCGCCGGGACGAAGGUCGGGGCGUUAGCUAUGUCGGAGUCUGGGGCUGGGAGCGAUGUAGUUGGGAUGCGAACGAGUGCGAAGGCGGUGGAUGGCGGGUUUUUGAUCUCGGGGACGAAGAUGUGGAUUACGAACGGGCCGGACGCGGAUGUCGUCGUCGUGUAUGCGAAGACGAAGCCGGAGGCGGGGUCGAAGGGGAUCACGGCGUUUAUUGUCGAUACGACGGCGGCGGGGUUCAGCUGUGCGCGGAAGCUGGAUAAGAUGGGGAUGCGGGGGUCGAAUACUGGCGAACUGGUCUUCGACUCCGUGUUCGUGCCUGAGUCGAAUGUCCUGGGACAGGUCAAUGGUGGUGUGCGUGUGCUCAUGGAGGGGCUUGAUCUCGAGCGUCUGGUUUUAAGCGCGGGGCCUUUGGGGCUUAUGCAGGCUGCGCUUGAUGUUGCUCUUCCGUUCACGCAUCAGAGGAAGCAGUUUGGGACGCCGGUGGCGCAUAACCAGUUCGUGCAGGGCAAGUUGGCGGAUAUGUACACCAAGUUGCAGGCUUCGCGCGCGUAUACGUAUGCUACGGCGAAGGCGGUGGAUGAGGAGAGUGUAAUAAGGACUCAGGAUUGUGCUGGCGCGAUCUUAUACGCGGCAGAACGGGCUACGGAGUGUGCGCUGGAUUGUGUGCAGUUGUUGGGCGGCAUGGGGUACGUCGAGGAGAUGCCGGCGUCGAGGUUAUUGAGAGAUGCCAAAUUAUACGAGAUAGGGGCAGGAACGUCAGAGAUACGUCGCAUGGUUAUUGGGAGAGCGUUUAAUAAGGAAUACGCGCAUCUUGGUGCAUGAUUCCAGUUAGGUCAACUAGUAAAUGCAUAGGGGGCGGCGUCUUGGGAAAAUGGAUGUUUUAAAGUUGUGUAGGUAUCAGUAAUGAAAUUAUUAUAUAGGUAAA